UUUUCGCAAAACCCUCACUUCACAAAACCCUACUCUCACUGCAAUGGCGUCAUCGUUAAUUCGCCUCCGCCGCUCCCUCACAGCGGUUUCCGUCCUCCACCGCUCCUUCUCCGCGACGUCGUUGUCUGCUCCCAUCUGGUGCGGCGUUUCAUCACCACGUUGCGUCGGUGUUGAAUCCCGUUCGUUCAUGUCAUCGCCGACUUCCCUUGUAUCCGUUCAAUCCUCACAGAGAAACAUCCCCGAUGCCGAUGGUGACAUUGAUCCCGACCCGAUUUUUGGCGAGGGCUGCGACCUCAACCAUUGGCUCAUCAUCAUGAACUUCCCCAGGAACAACAAGCCCCCUCCCGAAGAAAUGGUUCGCAUUUAUGAAGAGACUUGUGCCAACGGCCUCAACAUCAGUUUGGAAGAGGCCAAGAAGAAAAUAUAUGCAUGUAGCACAACAGCUUACACAGGCUUUCAAGCUGUAAUGACAGAGGAAGAGUCUGAGAAAUUUGAAGGUGUUCCAGGAGUUGUCUUUGUACUACCUGAUUCCUAUAUUGAUCCUGUCAACAAGCAAUAUGGAGGAGACCGGUAUAUCAAUGGAACAAUCAUCCCUCAACCUCCACCAGUACAGUAUAGGAGCAAUCAAGGAAGACGGCAGGGGCUGAGACUUCGCAAAAUGCCAUGGGAUGAAAGAAACCACGGGCCUUCGCAAAAUUAUCAGCCCCUACAGAACUAUGGUCAAAGUUAUCCACCCCAACAGAACUAUGGUCAAGCAUCACAAAGUCAUCCACCCCAGCAGAACUUUGGUCAAGCAUCACAAAGUAAUUUACCCCAGCAGAACUUUUGUCAAGCACCACAGAGUUAUUUACCCCAGCAGAACUUUGGUCAAGCACCACAAAACUUUUCUCCCCAUCAGUCAUCACAAAAUUAUCCACCUCAACACUAUGGUCAAUCAUCACCAAAUUAUCCACCCCAACAGAGCUAUCUUCAUUCGCAAAAUUAUCCACCCCAACAGGGAACCUAUGAUUCUGCUUCUCAGCAAAGGUAUGCGCCACCUUCACCACAAGCAGGACCAACUGGUCUAGGAGAAAGAAGAAACUUUGUGCCACAGCAGGGCAUUGGACAACCAGGACAAGGAGAAAGAAGAGAUCAUGCGGCCAGUGGUGUUGCUUCUGAGGCGUGGAAUAGUACUUCUACGGUUACCCCACCACACUUGAAAGAUUAUAUGGAGAUUUCCAUCAGUUGGCCGCUGAAAAUUUACACAAAUUUAAGAGAUCUACUUUGCGCUUUGUGUCAACAACAAAGAGAUAAGCCCAAGCAGCAUCAGCUCUAUUAG